UGAAUGCCUCAGGAAGUUGUCAGCGGGGAAGCGUCAAGAUGGUGAAAUUUGGACUGCAGUUUAAAGCCACCCUGGAGAACGUCACCAGUGUUAGACCACUGGGGGACGAUUUCCGCUGGUUCCUGAAGCUCAAGUGUGGAAACUGUGGAGAAAUUCCAGAUAAAUGGCAGUAUGUAACUCUGGUGGAGAGUGUGCCACUCAAGGGAGGACGAGGGAGCGCCAGCAUGGUGCAGAAGUGUAAACUCUGUUCCAGGGAAAAUUCCAUCGAUAUUCUGGGAGACACAAUCACACCUUACAAUGCCGAGAACAGCGAAACCUUCAAGACGAUGGUGCAGUUCGAGUGUCGAGGUCUGGAGCCCGUUGAUUUCCAGCCACAAGCUGGCUUCGCUGCAGAAGGAGCAGAGUCUGGAACACCGUUUCCUGAAAUCAACCUGCUAGAAAAAGACUGGACCGACUACGAUGAGAAAAUUAGUGAGUCUGUGGGAAUAUAUGAGGUCACGCACCAGUUCAUCAAGUGCUGAUAUCACCAUGCAUUGAGCCUUAGAGGAACACUGCAGGAAAACUUCCUCUGCCCCAAUUCCUGGCGACGGGGAAUGCCUCGACACGGAGAUGUGGUCUGUGCUUUGGUUGAUGAUGAACAUUAAGGUGUGCGGAUUAAGGCAACAGGUUGUUGUACACAUGUCUUGGAUUGAUCAACAUGCUAAGAGGAUGGUUUUUUUUUUUUUUUUCAGUCCCUCAAUAAAAUUGAAGGAUGAACAUUUUGAAUUGAGGUUUUUCUUUGCUUUUGCUCCUCAAACAGCAAUACAAGACUGACGAUGUGUAGUAUGAGGUACUUCACAUUAUAUGCUAAGGAUGCUAAUGAAGAAUACACUUUGAAAUGUCCUCCACACAUUUUGUGUAAUUAUCAGAAAAUUAUGUAUGACUCAUUUCAGAGUUAAAUAAAAAGACAAGUACCGUCAAACCUUGGGAAUGAAAUUAAAAUGAAACUCUACUCGAAAAACAUGCAAAUCCUUUACUUGUGUUAAAUUGGACUUUAUAGACAAUACAGAUUGAGACAAGGACCCAUUGUGGGUGAAUUUAUUAAAGGAAAGUAUCAAUCACUGAAGAGGUCUUACUGUGUACCUGCAGAGUGCUGCAAACGUCCAACAAAUUUCUCCUGUCAGGAUUUAUCUCACAGUAGACGCGUGGUUCAGUGUGAACAGUUGCUACUUCAUAUCUGUACAUGCGUGUACUUUUGAAAUAAUAAUAGCUACCCUUAAAGUGACUUACCUAGGUAUGUCUAAUAUCUUUGCUUAUGUCUGUAAAUAGGUUGUAGUCAACAGGAUUUCUAAAAGGGUUAAAUAUAAGGUUUAAAAAAAGACCUUUUUGCAAGUAUCUUUAUGAGUUUGCAUUGAUGUAACAGGUCUGUGCUCUGUAUUAUUAUCAGUUUGGUACUUUUUGACCACUUAAAAUAACUGUAGAAUUGUGA